CUUCACUUGCCUUCCAGUUCCAGAUAUAAAAAUACGAGAACAAAGAAUAAGCGGUGUCAGGAAGCAAUACUUGUGAUCUUUCCAGUGCAAAAACCACGAAAAAAGAAAAAAAAUGGCCGAAGAUUUGGCGUUGGAUUUACAAGAGUUGAGGCAGUUAGGGAGCAUCGCGAAAAGGCCUCGUGUCGUUUCUCUCAUCUCCUCUGAGAUUAGCCACUUGGAGAAGUUAUCAAAGGAACAUGUUUCUGAUCCACAUGCAACUUCUACUCCUAUUCAAACUCCUAUCUCAUCUGGGGUUAAGCUGCCUUCAUCCCUUGCAAUUAAUUAUGUUACGCUUGGAUCGUUCAGUUGGGAUCAGGACAAUGAUAAAGUCAAGAUAUAUGUCUCUCUAGAGGGUGUCGGGAGAGAAAAGAUUGAGUCGGAGUUCCAGGCAAUGUCAUUUGAUGUUAAAUUCCAUGAUGUCCAAGGAAAGAACUAUCGAUGUGCUAUACCAAAACUGAACAAGGAGAUUGUACCAGAGAAAUGCUUAGUGGUGGUUAAGCCUAAAAGAGUGAUCAUCACAUUGUUUAAAGCUUCAAAGGGGAACUGGUUAGACAUACAUUUCAAGGACGAUAAGCUAAAACCAAAUCUGGAUGAGAAACGAGAUCCUAUGGCUGGAAUUAUGGACUUAAUGAAGAAUAUGUAUGAUGAAGGGGAUGAAGACAUGAAACGAACGAUUGCAAAAGCAUGGACUGAUGCAAGAUCUGGGAAUGCAGCUGACCCUUUGAAGGGGUAUCGUUAAACCAAUUUAGCAUUCAUAUAAUUCUAGUGAAGGGGUAUCGUUAGAUGGUCUUGUUUCCAUGGUUUGCCAUUAUCUUUUUGGUUGGUUUCUGUGUUAUGGUGGACAUAUUAAGCCUCUUCUUUUCGCCUUCUUUCAUUCUUCAUAAAUGCUUUUGAGUUUGCGUUUAGAUUGUAUUAUUAUAGAUACUUAUCUAAUGUAAUGGCCUCAGCUUUCCUUA